UGUCUGAAACUUCUCUUUCCCAUAGAAGGCUCGCGUUGAAAUGUCAGGUGUGUUACACUCUUUCGAAUAUCUAUUUUAAUCACGUUUAUCUUUCAAUUUGUUGAAAAAAUAAGAAAUUUAUUAAAAAUGUUGAUGCCAAAAAAGAAUCGUGUAGCAAUUUAUGAAUACCUUUUCAAAGAAGGUGUUAUGGUUGCAAAAAAAGAUUAUCAUGCACCAAAACACCCAGAAUUGGAAUGUAUUCCAAAUCUUCAAGUUAUUAAGGCUAUGCAGUCUUUGAAGUCUAAAGGUUAUGUCAAAGAGCAAUUUGCCUGGAGACAUUUUUAUUGGUAUUUGACAAAUGAAGGCAUUGAAUAUUUACGUGGAUACCUGCAUUUACCUCCUGAAAUUGUACCUUCCACACUUAAAAGGCAAACUAGAUCAGAAACUACAAGACCAAGACCUGCAACAGGUGCAAGGAGUGAAACAUCUAGACCUACAGAAGAUCGUGCUGGAUAUAGACGUGGCCCUGGAGGUCCAACAGGUCCUGGUGAUAAAAAAGCUGAUGUUGGUGCUGGUACUGGAGAUGUUGAAUUCCGUGGUGGUUUUGGUCGUGGUAAACCACAAUAAUAUUUUAAUGUAAGAUAAAUAAACAUUUCUUAAUAUACAA